AUGGGGCCUUUGGAGCAGCACGCAAUCACACUUCAAAUGAGGCGAAUCAUUACUCACUUUCUGGGUGAUAUUUCUUUCGAUAUCAGCACGCUCCGAGGAAUUGCAGACAACUUGAACCAGGGUCAGGAUCUGACCCAAGAACGGUUGGAUACUGAUUCGAUUGUUUCACACGAUGACACCUCGACCAAUGACUACUCUAUCGACCCUCUUUCCGCCAGUACAAUGCAUUACUCUGGGGAGUUGUCUCAUUGGAAUUUUUCCAGAAUGCUCGAACGGCGACUACGAAGUCUCGGGGACAGGACAGGGCAAAAGAGUGUUGACCAUACCGAAGGCUUCUUUCGAGCUACGGAUCUGCAAUCGUCUGGCUCUUGCGUCGCGCUUGCGAAAUCAUAUUUCCCCCCAAGGAAUAUCGCCGAUUUCUUGACCAGUGCGUUUUUGAAAUUUAGCCAAACCAAUUACUUUUACUUCCACGAGGCAAGGUUUCGCGAGAAACUGGAUUAUUACUAUGCAGCUGAGCAUGUGCUGUCUAUCAAUGAUUCCGGUUGGAUAUGUACUCUUCUCAUGACUUUCGCAAUUGGCACACAGUUUGCCCAUAUGGAGACCAAAUCGACAUCCGCUGGCGCCUCUGCAACAGAAAAUACCCCUGAUGAUCAGGUUGGAUUGGAGCUCUAUCGGUUUUCAUGUCGACUCAUUCCGGAUCUCAUCACAGUUGCAAGUGUGGAGACUGUCCAGGCAUUCUUACUCCUGGGUGUGUACACUUUGCCCAUUGACGCAUCUGGAUUGGCGUACAUAUACUACGGCCUGGCAAUCAAAAUGGCGGUUCAAAAUGGCAUGCACCGCAAGCUGCUAGCAGGCAACGUGAGCGCGGAGAUUAUUGAAGUGCGAAAUCGACUCUGGUGGUCUGCAUAUUCGCUGGAAAGUCGCAUCGGCAUUCUACAUGGCCGCCCUAUAUCAGUUUCUCCCACCGAAAUCGAUGCUCCCAUGCCUGUGGAUCUGCCGGCUCUACGUCCGAUUGAUCAGUUGAGCAAUCUACCCAACUUCACCGCCGCAAUCCAUUUGACGAACCACCUAGCAAAGGCAUCAGAAGUGAUGAGCUCUUUGAGGCGUUGUCAGAGAGACAGGAAAAAUAAUCAUCUUCGGCAACUUGCCGCCACCCGCGAUCGACUAAGCUCGUGGUGGAACGGUCUUCCCACUGAUACUCAUUGUCGCGAUCUCACUCCUAGCGGGCCCUUAUUCCGUUGCAAUAUGCAUCUUGAAAUUAUGUACACAACAACACUGAUAUACAUGGGCCGCCCUUUCAUCCUAUCUCAGGCGUCGGGGUCGCCCACCCCACAGUCUGCUUCACCAGUUCAUGAAAUCCCAGAUAUUGUGAACACUCUUCGCCGUGACUCACUUAAUGCAGCACUCAGAGUCAUCGAGCUGUGUCAGCUUCUACAAGAGUCUGUCGGCCUCGCGCGUGUCUCAUAUACCGAAUUCAAUGGGUGUCGCGUUGCUUUAUUGGCCCUUAUUGCCCAUAGCAUCCACGAACCAACAAGCACAAUAUCCAGUGCAUUGUCCCAAGGAAUGAGGUUUAUCCGCCAAGGUUGCGCCGGGCUGGAAUCUGCGCGAUCUGAAGUAUCUGUCAUCGAAGCACUUGAACGGGCAAGACAACGACUGCACAGUCAAAAAGUGACCGAGCAGAGAGGCACGACAGAUGAUUCAGCCAACUAUGAUCAGUUUAAAGAAUGGGCGAAGCUUUGGCGAGGCGAUCUAUUGGAUGGUAGUCACGUUCCCGUCACGAUUAAUCUGGACCCGCCGUUCGAUGAGCAUUCUUCAAACUCUGUUCCUUCUUUUGAUGGAUUUUUCUCGUCUUUUCCCACUGAACUGGGUGAGUUUGCCGCCAUCCCGGGGCUCAAUUACGAUUUAUCACUUGCCCAGGACUGGUUGGGUGGCCCUGAACCUGAAGGUUCUGAAUGGAUCAUGGAUCAAGCACUAUGA